AUGUCUGAUCAGGAGUUGGACAGUGUGGUGGCUGAUAUAAAAACAAAUAUGCCAGACAGCGGAGUCGACACCCUUGGUGUUUUAGAGAGACUCUCUUCGUUAAGGUGCACAGUGAGACGCUCCUAUUCUGUCCCGUGUCCCAAAAGCCUUGUGCAUAUUGAUACCAACCACAAGCUGAUUAGAUAUAACAUGGUCAUCUUUGGAGGCAUCGAUGGCUACUCUAGAAAGAUCAUGUAUCUUGGAGUUGCCAAUAACAAUCGGUCAGAAACAACGCUGGCAUUUUUCCAGGAAUCAGUGGACAAGUUUGGCUUCCCACUAAGGGUUCGAGCGGAUCAAGGUGUAGAGAACGUUGCAGUCGCUCGUCUCAUGUUUUCUGCUCGCGGGACCGGAGUUGGCAGUUUUAUUUCGGGCAAGAGUGUGCACAAUCAAAGAAUCGAGAGAUUGUGGAGGGAUGUGUACAUGGCAAUGGGAGAAAUGCAGACUCCUGUUCCAGAGCCACCAAUGUUAGAUGACCUGCAAAUACCUGAGAUAGAGUGGGAGUCAAGUGGAUUUUUUAGUACCUCAGACCAGUGGCGGCCGGCCAAUAGAGGGCGCUAG